AUGGGUGGUUGUGCUGCCCACUUUGAGGAUGUCCUGCACUUUAAGCAAGGAGGUGUUUUAUCUGUGCCCUCCGUGGUCACUGACAAGGCACUGGAGGGAGCUGGAAAGCGGGGUGCUCAGCACAUGUCUGAGUGGCAAGGUUUGUCCCAGGAAGACUCCCAGGACAAAAGGCCAAAGGAGAUGGCUUCCCUGGAGGCCCAGCUGGCUGGCCUGAGGCAGGAGCUGGCGGCCAUCAGCCAGAGACAGGCUGCAAUGGCCCAAGAAAUCCACCUUUGGCGAGAAAAGAUGGUGGCCCUGCGCAGUGAUAUGGAGUCUCACGUCCCAGCUUUAAUCCAGGAAUACUUUGUUGGAGACAAGGGCACUAAGGCCGGACUUACACAGCUAGAGGAGGUGCAGGCUCAGCUUUGGGACCUGGAGCAAAGACUCCUCAGGCAUAUGGCAGAGGAGCAGGACAAGACUGCCAGCAAAGUUGCUGCUGACUUGAGGCUGACCCUUCUGGAAGAAGGAGUGACCACGGGGGUGACAGAGGAGGAAGUGCGUGAGAUCGUGCGGCAGGCCCUGAAACUGUAUAGUGAAGAUCGCAUUGGGCUGGUGGAUUAUGCCUUGGAGUCCUCAGGGGCCAGCAUCCUCAGUAGCCACAGCUCAGAGACCUAUGGCACCAGGACGGCCGUAAUCAGUCUGUUUGGUAUCCCCUUGUGGUAUCAUUUCCAGACCCAAAGAGCCAUAAUCCAGCCAAAUGUCUACCCCGGCAACUGCUGGGCAUUCCGGGGCCCCCAGGGCUUUGUUGGGGUUCGCUUGUCUGCCCGCAUCCACCUCACUGCCGUCACUUUGGAGCACGUGCCCAGAGCCCUGUCCCCAGUCAGCAACAUCACCAGCGCCCCCAAGGACUUCGUCAUCUUGGGGCUCAGUGAAGAUUCCCAGGUGGAAGGGGUGGCCCUGGCGAAGUUCACCUAUGAUAAUGCUGGGGAGGCCAUUCAGACCUUCCACUUUCAGGGCAACGGCACAGCCCCAUACCAGCUGGUACAGCUUCAAGUUUUGAGCAACUGGGGUCACCCGGACUAUACUUGCAUUUACCGCUUCCGGGUCCAUGGCAAGCCUGCCAAUUAGAACCUCCCUGCCGGGUCCCUUCACCCUUUCCUCUGUCAGCCACAAGCAAGCAGUUCUCCCACCUCCUCGUCCCUUCUGGCCACUGUGACUUCUGGGAAAGAGACAGAACGUGGGAGCCCACCUCCCUGGAGCCAUCUUGCCCCACCAAGCCCUCUAUGAUAUGGAUGAGACCACCAGCUGAGCAAUUUCUGUUUCAAUCCACAGCAUCUGCAGUGUCAGGUGCCUCAGCUCCCUGCCAAGCCCUGCCUACCUCCAAGACGUGUAGAAAUAGCUCUGUAUUAGAUGUUGGGGGGGUGGUAGGGAGUAGUGAGGGCCUUGCUAUGCUCAGCAGCAGUCCCACAGAAACACAGCUUACACCACCCUGGGUCUAGGGCAAGGAAUUUGGUGCAGUAAGGGCAUGAUAAACUGGGCAGCGGCAAAGGGCAGACUGGGAGCCAGUCCCACAUGGGCACACUCCAGCAGGUGGCUAAUGCCGCUCUCCAUGGGACCUUGCAUGGUUCUCUUUACCACUGGCCAUGAUGGGUGCAGUCUUUGAAAUCCGAAGUACCUGGGAAUGACCGCACCUGUCUGUGCUUUUGAUUCUAACAAGGCCAAUGGCCUGGAUUUCAGGGAAGUUCUGCCCCCAGGAUUACCUGCACUGGCAUUUAGUACGGCAGCUGGGGAUGUACCCAUGGCUUGGUGGCCCCUCCUACCCACUGGGGCUUCCUUUAGAGAGGACUGGAAGGUUGCAGGUGUGUGGCAAAGGCAGUAGCAUUACAUACACAAG